GGGGCCUGUCCCGGGGCCGGUUGAUGUCGCGACGGCGGCGGCGGCGGCGGCGGCGGCACAAGAUGGAGGCGGCGCCGUUGGGCCCCGGGUGGGAGGGAGCCCCCCCCCCCGCCCCACGCCACGGGGGACACGGGGGGGACACGGGGGGGGACGACGGGGAAACCGGGUGUGCGUCCCCCCGUUGGGGGUAACGGCGGAGGAACGGGGAGACAAGGGGACGCGGGCGGGGGGACGGCGAGGGGGACACAACCAGGGGCACAACCGGGGGUACAGUCAGGCGGCACAAGGGGGGGGGAUGGUGGGACACAACCGGGGGACACAGUCGGGGGUACAGUCAGGCGGCACAAGGGGGGGGGAUGGUGGGACACAACCGGGGGACACAGUCGGGGGGGUCGGUGGGACGCAACUGGGGGGCACAACCGGGGGGACGGUGGGACACAACCGGGGGGCACGGUCGGGGUGGGGGUACGGCAGCACACAACUAGGGGACACAGGUGGGGAGUCGGGGGGGCACAACCGGGGGCACAACCAGGGGCACAGUGGGGCACAAGCGGGGGACAGAAGCAGGGACACAGAUGGGGGACACAACCGGGGGACACAGCUGGGGGUACAGCAGCACACAACCAGGGGCACAACCAGGGACACAGAUGGGGGUGUUGGUGGGACACAACUGGGGGACACAACCGGGGGGACACCACUCUGGGUACGGCAACGCACAACUUGGGGUGCAACCAUGGGACACAACCAGGGGUACAGCAGCACACAACCGGGGACACAACCGGGGGACACAACCGGGGGACACAGCUGGGGAUACAGUGGCACACAACCACGGACACAGCCGGGGUACAACAGCACACAACGGGGGACACAACUGAGGUAUGACAGGGCGCAAGUGUGGACACAACCAGGGACACAACUGGGGAUACAACCAGGGACACAACGGGACACAACAGCACACACGGGGAACACAACCACUGACACAACGAACAUGGCUGGGCGUACCACAGACCACAGCUCAGCGUGUGUGUGUGUGCGUGUGUGGCGUUGUCACCGUAUUGCCAGCUACAUUGUGCUGCACGGUGUUGUGGACUGUAUUGUACGUCAGUCUGGUCUGCUUGCUGUUGUAGGCUGUGUCGUACGUCAGGCUGUGCCACACGGUGUUGCGGGUUGUGUUGUGCAGUGGGUUGUAUUGCACAUGCAGGUUGUGUUGUGUGGUUGUUUCUGCGCUGGAUGGUGUUGCUGGUCGUGA